AUCCCGUCCCUAGAGUACUACACGUCAGCCCAUUGCAUUUUGCAGGAGUGGCCUAUCUUGCUCCGUUAUAGGAUCUUUGGGCAGAAUCAAAAGCUGCCGGUAGCGAGUGAAACCUCGCCACAGAUGAAGGCAACUUGAGGGGCGGUUUUGUAACGACUCGUACUGCAACUCGCCUCAACGCCCCACUCAGAUUUUGACGGAGGUUUGCUGAGAAGUCUGGACCUUGAAUAAUGGCCUCCCUACCACCCCUUGGUCGACUCUUCAGCGAGGUGACCUGCUCCAUCUGCCUGGAUUUCUUCCAGGAGCCAGUGGCCCUGGAGUGCGACCACAACUUCUGCCGGCUGUGUAUCUCACGGAGCUGGGAGAAGGGUGACGCCUUCUACUCCUGCCCCGAGUGCAGGGAGGUGUUCAAGGAGAAGAGGUUGAAGCCCAACCGCAUGCUGGCUAACAUUGUGGAGGGCGUGAGGGAGCUGAAGCUGGAGCCCCGCCAGGGACAGUCAGCCUUCUACUGCCAGCGGCAUGAGGAGAGGCACAAGCUCUUCUGUCUGGAGUGCCAGGGUGUCAUCUGUGUGGUUUGCUCUUGUUCCAGUGAGCACCAAGGCCAUGUCAUCAUCCCCAUCGAGGAGGCUUACAUCCUAUACAAAGACAGGUUGGAAAAAUCCACAGAUUUUCUCCAGAUCCAAAAGGAGCAAGCAUGUCACAGUCAGAGCCAACAAGAAGCAAAGAUUUAUAAAAUCAAGGAGAAGGGCCGACUGCUGAAGGAACGGGUCGAGGUUGAUCUUUCCAGCGUCUACCGAUUCCUGGACUUGAGGAAGUGGGAGCUGGAGGCGAAGAUCGAUGAGGAGGUGUGCAGGACGGUUCAGCCCUUGCAAGAGGACCUGGCGAAGAUCUGCCUGGAAGCCUGCACGAUCGAGCAAACCAUCCGGGAUGUGCAGCUGCAACUGAGCUACGGGGAGCCCCAGGAGAUGCUACAGGACAUCAAGCAGUUGUUGGACAGAUGCAAACAGGAAUACAUCGCGCCAACGGACUUUCCCACCGACCUCCACACUGACUCUAUCAUCACACCUUUCCGUUACGUUAGAAUCUGGGAUGAGCUGAAAGCACUUGUGCCAGCCCGGGAGUCCGUGAAGCUGGACGCCAGGACAGCUCACCCUCGGCUGCUCCUGUCCGAGGACCUGCGCAGUGUGGUGGACGGUGAGAAGCGGCGUGAGUGCUCGCUCUCGCCCCAGCGCUUCAACCACUGGCUGUGCGUGCUGGCCGGCAGCGGCUUCAAGUCGGGGCGACAUUACUGGGACGUGGAGCUGGGGGGCAACCAGGCCUGCUUGCUGGGGGUGGCCAGCGAGUUGGCCGACCGGCUGAUCACCAGGCCGCUGGUGCCGCAGGACGGCUACUGGGUACUGGAGAUGAUCAACGGCAACCUGGUCAACCUGGGAGGGCCGGGGCCCCGGAGCCUCCCCCUCCGACACAAGCCGCAAACCAUCCGCGUGUACCUGGACUACGAGGAGGGGCACCUGUCGUUCUACGAUGCCGACAGCCUGUGCCACCUCUACACCCUGCACCACAAGUUCACCCACACACUCUUCCCUCUCUUCAACCCCCACAACAAGAAGGAAGGCAGUAGCAGUCCACUCAGACUGAGACUCGGCAAAGAAGUGGAAGUAGUUGGAAAUCGCGAAAAAUCAAUCGAGCAAUUCCAGUGCAUGGCACCCAGCGGGCCGGGUAACAUCUCGAGAGAAGAGGCAUUGGCUGCCCGACCCGCUGAGUUACUCCAGCAUUGUCUAUCUUUACAAUCUGCAGAUUUGUGCAAAGAAAUGUACCGGAAAUCGCCGCUUCUCCAUCCGAGCGAAAGUGAAACUUCACGGCCCGCGACAGCAAUGGCGAGCAUAGACGUGCUACAGUCGAUGAAAGAUGAGGCGCUUUGCCCCAUCUGCUUGGAUUUCUUUGUCGAUCCUGUAACGAUAGACUGCGGUCACAAUUACUGCCGGACCUGCAUCGUCCGGCACUGGCAGUCGGAGCGAGGGACGAUCACUUGCCCGCAGUGCCGGGCGCUGUUGCCCGAGAAGACGCUCAGGCCCAACCGGUUCGUGUCCAACAUCGUGGAGAAUGUACUGAAGCUGAGACUGGACGAGGCGGUGGUUCAGACGGAGCUCCGCUGCCAGGUGCACGACGAGAGGCUGAAGGUUUACUGCAGCGAUGACCGGAGGGCGAUCUGUGUGGUGUGUGCCACGUCCCGCGAUCACCAGGGCCACUCCACCAGCCCGAUUGGCGAGGCCGCUGAACUCUAUAAGGGAAAGGUACGGAAAGAAAUAGAGUCCCUCAAUGAACAAAUGGUUGAUAACUGUAAAAGUCAGGAUGAAGAAGAGGAAGAUGUCAAUAAACUGAAGAAAGAAUCUGCCGCCUUGCAGAAGGACAUUGAAUCUAAGUUCAAAGAACUGCACCAGUUUUUGCACCAGGAAGAGAAAAAGCUGAAAACAAAACUGGAGCAAAAGGAAAAUGCCAUAUUGCAACAAAAAGAUGAAAAUCUAAAGAAAAUCUCCGAACAGCAUGCGUCAAUUAAGCAAGCAAUCUCAGACAUGCAAGGAAAACUGAGUCUAGAAGAUGCAGAAUUUAUGCAGUGGCCUCAACUACCCUCUGUGGCAGAGAGUUCCAAAGAUUCACCAGAUAUUAAUAAUAUUCUUGGCCGGUGUGAAAACAUGCAGUUCCAGAGGGCCGCCAGAGUUUCCAUUGACCUCAGGCAAGAUGAUUUCAGCGGCCCCUUUCAGUUCAACCUGUGGAAACGGAUGCUGAAGCUAAUUAAUCCAGUCCCAAUCAAACUGAAGCUGAAUCCGGACACUGCGCAUCCGAGACUCAUCCUGUCCAGUGACCUAACAUCCAUCAGACUUGGUGCUAAACAGAAGGUCCCUGACAAGCCAGAGCGAUUUGUGCAGUGGCACGGUGUCCUGGCAUCUCAGGGCUUCAAUACUGGGAGCCACUACUGGGAGGUCGAGGUCGGAAGGAACACCAUGUGGAGUGUGGGAGUGGUAAAAGCAUCGGUAUUGAGGAAGGCGGAGUUCACACCGGAACCAAAAUCUGGUGCCUGGGUAUUGUGGCGUCUGGGAGAGGAAUAUACCACUAUGUCUUCACCACGUACUGCCCUCCCUGUUCCAGUCAAACCCCAGAGAUUGGGCAUCUACCUGAACUAUGAGGCUGGCCAAGUGACACUGUACAAUGCUGAUGACAUGUCACAUCUGUACACUUUCAGGGACAAAUUCACUGAGAAACUCUAUCCUUUCUUCUUAACGGGUUGCAAAAUUGAUUCAUUGCAAAUAGUCCACUUGAAUAUAUAG